UGAUAAUUAGGCAGGAGAUUAAUAAAAAAUCUAAUUACACAGCUUGCAAAACGAGCUCCAUGCCGACCCUCAUCAUCUUCGAAAAUUCUAAUUAAAACCUCAAAACUAAAAUUCUUCCUCUCAAAAACAGCAGAGAAAGAGAGCAAGAAAUUAAUCGCAAAAGUACCAGCGGCUUGAUGUUGCCUGGCUGCUGAUUCUAAUUAUUGUUCGAUUCCAUCUCCUUUCCCUUUGAUUUUUCUGCUCGAAAAUGGCAGAUCUGUACGGAUUUGAGAAAUCUCCACAUUUUUUAACCAGUUUGUCCAGAAUUCUGCUUCGUCAUCUUCGUGCACACAUUUGAGGAAUAGGUACGUUCAGUUGCUGUCCUCUCCAGUGCUGGAUUCUUUACUGGAAGCAACUAAUUCUAGUUCUAGAGUGGCGGUUCCAUCGGAGGAUUGGUACCGUCUAGCGGAUCGGCGAGUUGGGCUGAGAUAGAGCCCCAAAUGAGAGACGGGAGUUCCGACUUCAAUUUCUCGGAUCCUGAAUCGUAUUUUGGGGCUGACGUCAAAAAUAGUGCCGGCGACAAUUUUAAAGGAGAUCUACUGUGGCACUGGCAGUUCUGGAGGGGCCAAGAGACGUUACACCAAGUGUCUUGAAGUCCCCUACUGGUUUAGAUGUUGUCUUUAUUUUAAUUUUUAUGAAUUUGUCUAAGUUCUUCAAGAUGUUGCAUCAUCUUGAUUUGAACUAGUUUGCAUGUAGAAGUCUUUCCAGCUUCAGCAGAAUGCAUGGUUUUAGAUGAUUGGCAUUAUAAUAAUGUAUAUCGUUCUAUUAUGAUUGGGUUGUUUUAUGGUGGUUGGUAUUCUAGUAUUUUGUUUUCAUCUAAGAAAAUAAAAGUAAAAUUUCAUUGAAAUAGUUAUGGAUUACCUUUUCCCUUUUUCAGUUUUUAACCUUUCUCCAAAAAAGUGGGGUUCUUCUGGAACCUCAAGCAUUGCAUUGGUUGCCCUUCUGGGUUGAGUCUCUUAUCUGCUUUUUCAAGGGAUUGAUAUCAGGCCUAACCUUGCUGCCAUACUGCGCCUAGCCUUUUUGGACUCUAUCUUCCUUGGGGGCACAUGUUUAGCUUUAAUCUCAAGUUACUGGCCUCUGUAUAGGCACCAGAUUCUAGUUAAUGAAGCAGGCCACCCCCUUGUUGUGCAACCCAUAACUUAUGGGUUGCCCAAUUCAUGGAGUGAUUUUAGAUCCAAUUGCUGCAAUGCAGAUGGUCAUCCAAGGGCAGGUAGUGAUUAUGAAUUUUUUUUAAUUACAUUUUUCUCUAAGUAUUUUUGUAAAGUAAAUCAAACUGCAUGCUGUAUUCUGUUUGAUUCUUAAGCAAUAUAAUCUCUUGUUGACAACUUUAGUUUAUGGAAGUUAUAAAGGCCCAAACCCAGCAUUUGUCUACUGGCUGGAACUCAGUUUUGGGAUGAGAAAAUGAGUAAUGAGCUGGCUGAAGGACGAUUGAGUGGCUCUACCUUUGACAGGUACUGCAUGGUCCUUUUUGCUGGUAUUGCUGCUGAAGCUCUGGUUUAUGGUGAGGCUGAGGGCGGAGAGAAUGAUGAAAACAUGUUUCACAGCAUCUGUGUCCUUCUGCAACUGCCAUUGUCUGUAGCUCAGUAAAUCUGCAACUAUCUAUUUUCAUGCCUUUACUCCAUUAACAGGUACUAAUUAUUCUCACCUAGAGAGAGAAAAGAUGCUAAUUACUGGUUUUCAUUACCUUGAGAAGAUUUCAAAUCGAGCUAGGUGGUCUGUUCUACAGUCUUUCAACGUGCUUAAAUGGCACAGGCAUGCUCAUCGAGCUGCUGUCAGAGCUUUGGAACGUGGUGGUAGUCUUAGUAUUGUAAUUAGGAGGAUUGAGCAAGCCAUGUCUUCUGGCAGAUGAUGUGCAGAAGUACAUAAACAUGCUGGUUUCUGUUGUCCAAUGGAGUUCAAGAGUUAAAUGUUCUAUAUGCACCUAUAGGAAGGGCUUAGAUAACCAUCAUCUGUUCUUGUAUGGCUGGGCAUGGUGAACUGAGGCAUGGAAGUUCUGAAGCAUUACUCUGAUUAUUGUUCUCUAUUCUUUUCCGUACUAAAUACUAAUUGCAUGUGUCAUCAAUUAUGAGAAAGAUUUUUCCCAAAUGAUAGGUUUCUAAGAAGGAGAAUGAAUGACAACUUUUUUGAAGUUCCCAAGAUAUGUCCUAACAGGCCACAGUGGGCGGAGGGCACACCAAGGAAGUAACAAAUUUUGGUAUCCAGCUGACCAUUUUUGACAUAUGUAGUCUAAAGAGAUGGUUCCUCUUGGUAUCUUUGCUGCAUUUAGACCACAAAUGUGAGCGAAGUUUCUCGUGUUCUCAUCUUUUUGUAAACAUUUUAGGAUUAGAGUGCUAUUUUUUCCAACGCUGUUUUGGUUGGAUGAAUGUUAGGUUUUGAGCCAUGGGCCCUUGAUUGUACCCCUAACUAAUUUGAUUCUGGUGUAAGCUUUUGCCGCAAUCAAGCUGCCUCCAUAUUCUCUUAGAACAGAAGACUACAACAUUUUGUACAAGCGCUUUAUUGGUAAAAGUUGCCAUUUUUUUGGCUAAAUUUGUAUAUGUCGUCAUUAUUUUCCAAUAAAUGACAUUUGGUGGG